GCCGUCCUCGGCCCGGCCGCCGCGCCGCCAGCUGCUCGUCCUUCGUCCCCGGGCCGCGGCGAUGUUCAACCGCGCCGUGAGCAGGCUGAGCAGGAAGCGGCCGCCGUCAGACAUCCACGACAGUGAUGGUAGUUCCAGCAGCAGCCACCAGAGCCUCAAGAGCACAGCCAAAUGGGCAGCUUCCCUGGAGAAUCUGCUGGAAGACCCAGAAGGCGUGAAAAGAUUUAGGGAAUUUUUAAAAAAGGAAUUCAGUGAAGAAAAUGUUUUGUUUUGGCUAGCAUGUGAAGAUUUUAAGAAAACACAAGAUAAGAAGCAGAUGCAGGAAAAGGCAAAGGAGAUCUACAUGACUUUUCUGUCCAGUAAGGCCUCGUCACAAGUCAACGUAGAGGGACAGUCUCGGCUCAAUGAAAAGAUCCUGGAAGAACCACACCCUCUGAUGUUUCAGAAACUCCAGGACCAGAUCUUCAAUCUCAUGAAGUAUGACAGCUACAGCCGCUUCUUAAAGUCUGACUUGUUUUUAAAACACAAGCGUACCGAGGAAGAGGAAGACGAUCCUUCUGAUGCUCAGACUGCAGCUAAAAGAGCUUCCAGAAUUUAUAACACAUGAGCCUCCAAAGAGCCAGGACUGGCAGCUUUAAGAAGCAAAGGAACUUACUCUCAGGACUGUUGCAGGGUUUAUAAUUGCUUUGUUAUUUGCAAAGACUGAAACAUACAAAACCCUUCAAUGGGAUAUGUGUAUUUUAUUAACUGCUUGACCAGUAAGUUUUGCAUGAUGGCUAAUCUUACAUAAAAAACAAAUAGCUUUGAAGUUUCAGUUCACAAAACAAA